UCUUAGGGUAAAAUUCAGGUGUGCGAGUGUUUUGCGGGCACAACAUGAUGAACAGGUAUAUAGAGCCCUGGUUUGAUAGGUGCUCUUUUUUUACUUCUUGUUUUGAGCUUUUGAAUAUCUUUGCCAUAAACAAACACCCAAGAACCCUAUGAUCCUUGCGUGUAUAAUUUGCCGCUGUUAUGUUGGUGCCUCGAUUUGGGUUAGAAAAUGCUUUUCAGAACAGGGGGUUUGAAGGCAAUUAUUCAUGAUAGGUGGGAGAAGAUGGGAGGACUAUCAUGUCUGUGCUUUCCCCGCCAUCGGAAGGUUAACCCCGACGACGAUGGCGUUUCCGAGGAACAUAAUAAUUUGAAACCACCAGAUGCCACCAGUGCUCCUACAGUUCAAAAGGUGCAUGAUGAGUUGCCCAAGCAAUCAAAGGAAAAGUCCAGAACAAAAACAACGGAGCAGGAAUCAAGAACAAAACCUUUGAAGGUUGAUAAUCCUCCGGAUACCAUUGUAAGGAAACAAAGAAAAUUCAGUUACCACGAACUUGUAAAGGCUACUCGUAAUUUUAGGGAAGAUGCAUUUCUUGGAGAAGGUGGCUUUGGCCAAGUAUAUAAAGGAAAGCUAGAGAACCCGAACCAAGUUGUUGCUGUCAAAAAACUAAGUCAUGAUGGUAUACAAGGGAAUAAGGAAUUUCAAGCAGAAAUCACGAUGCUUUCGAUGGUGUGUCACCCAAACAUUGUUACUUUGAUUGGAUAUUGCUCAGAGAGUGACAAACAACUUCUUGUUUAUGAAUUCAUGCCUUUAGGAUCAUUGGAAGAUCAUCUACAUGAUCCUAAGCCAAAUAUGAAGCCACUAGAUUGGAAUACAAGAAUGAAGAUAGCUGUAGGAACAGCUAGAGGCCUGGACUACCUGCACAAUCAUUGUGAACCUCGUAUCAUCUAUCGGGACAUGAAAUCAGCCAACAUAUUAUUGGGUGAAGGGUACCACCCAAAGAUUUCUGACCUGGGUCUGGCUAAAUUUGGGCCAUUGGGUGACAAAUCACACGUAUCAACUCGGGUGAUGGGGACGAUGGGCUACUGUGCACCCGAGUAUGGGUUUACAGGACACCUAACAAUAAAGUCCGAUACAUACAGUUUCGGGGUGGUUCUAUUGGAACUAGUGACUGGAAGACAGGCUUUAGACAGAUCAGAGGAAGGAGGUCAAUAUCUUAUCGAAUGGGCGAAGCCAAUGUUGAUGGAUAAAAGGAAAUACGUGAAAUUAGCAGAUCCACGGAUGAAAGGAGAGUUCAUGCAGCGACCUGUAAGAAAGGUCGUGGAGGUGGCAUUGAUGUGUAUGGAUGAUGAUCAAGAAAAACGACCGGACAUGAAUGAAGUUGUCGAUGCAUUGGGUUUCGUGGCAUCUUUGUCGGACCCGAAUGCGAGUAAGGGUCAGAGACGGCAGAGCAGAUUAAUUGCAAACGAAGAUUCAGGUGACGAUGAAGAUGAUAUGUUUAAAGAGGAAGACGAGGAUGAACGAGCCAAGGCAAUAGCAGAGGCGAAAAUGUGGGGAGAGAGAUACAGACAUUAGCCCGAAAACAGCAACUAAUCUUUUUGGAAGGAAUAUAUAGUAUUUGCUUAUUAUAAGAACAACGGCGCUACUUUUUAGGUAGAUGACAAAUCUGCGUACAUCCCACUUCAGAACCCAGUUUUGGAUAAGAUAUACUGAUGAGUUUGGUUUAUAUAGUAUUGGCUGAUGGUAGAUAGGUUGAGACUUAGGAUUGGCUUAUGGAAAGAUGGAUUGGUAGGUUUUAGGUUCAUUUUUGUACAAAUUUAGUUGGGAUUUAUGGUGUACAUGUGUGUUUUGAUCCAACCUUCUUUUUCUUUUU